AUGGUUCCAAACUUUCAGUGGUCAAGACCUGUCAUAAUCACUGUUCAUUACCGUCUCCUCGUUUCCCUACCCGCACGGAACAACUGGAAGCGACUUUUAUCCAACACUCGAUUAAUAUCAAGAAGAACAGGAACAGAACUUCCGAAACAGGAUACCAAAGAGAGAAGCAGACACAUAAGCAUCAUGGUCUUAGCUGAUUUAGGUAAAAGAAUCAACGGAGCCGUCAACAAUGCUCUCUCCAAUACGUCGGACGACUAUGCCGUCAACGUGGACACAAUGUUGAAAGCCAUCGUGACAGCCCUGCUGGAAUCAGAUGUCAAUAUUGCCCUUGUGUCACGUCUCAGGAACAACAUCAAGAGUAAACUGAUGGCCCAGAAACCCGCUUCUGGGUCCACUAACGCACAGACUAAGAAACUGAUCCAGAAGACGGUUUUUGACGAGUUGUGUAAUUUGGUGGAUUGUGACGUGAAGGAACCAUUUAAUCCAAAGAAGAAACAAUGCAACGUGAUCAUGUUUGUUGGUCUUCAAGGGUCAGGUAAGACUACGUCGUGUACGAAAUUGGCUGUCUAUUACCAAAAGAGAGGUUUUAAAGUUGGGUUGGUUUGUGCUGAUACUUUCCGUGCUGGUGCAUUUGAUCAAUUGAAACAAAACGCUAUCAAGGCUAGAAUCCCAUUUUAUGGUUCAUAUACGGAGACUGAUCCUGUGCAAGUGGCCGAUGAAGGUAUUAAGAAGUUCAAAAAGGAAAAAUUCGAAAUUAUCAUUGUGGAUACCUCUGGUAGACAUCGUCAAGAGGAGGCUCUAUUUCAAGAAAUGAUCGAAAUUUCGCAUGUAGUGAAACCAAACCAAACCAUUAUGGUUUUGGAUGCAUCCAUUGGUCAAGCUGCUGAACAACAAUCCAAGGCUUUCAAGGACUCGUCAGAUUUUGGUGCUAUUAUCUUGACCAAGAUGGACGGUCACGCUAAAGGUGGUGGUGCCAUCUCUGCUGUUGCCGCCACUCAUACCCCGAUUAUAUUCAUUGGUACUGGUGAACACGUUCAUGAUUUUGAGAAAUUCUCUCCCAAAUCAUUUGUAUCUAAAUUACUAGGGAUUGGUGACAUUGAAAGUUUAAUGGAACAGAUUCAAACUGUGUCCAACGAAGAGGACACCAAGGCAGUGAUGGAAAAUAUUCAACAAGGUAAAUUUACAUUAUUAGAUUUUAAGAAACAAAUGCAAACAAUAAUGAAGAUGGGCCCCCUAUCCAAUAUUGCACAAAUGAUCCCAGGGAUGAGCAAUAUGAUGAAUCAAGUUGGUGAAGACGAAGCUUCUUCCAAGAUGAAGAGAAUGAUUUAUGUGUUGGACUCAAUGACCAAAGAAGAGCUAGAUAGUGAUGGUAGAAUAUUCAUUGAACAACCAAGCAGAAUGAUCAGAGUGGCCAAGGGUUCAGGCACAUCAGUUUUUGAAAUUGAAGGAAUAUUAAUGCAACAACGUAUGUUUGCCAGUAUGGCACAAUCUGCUAAGGCUGGUGGAGCAGGUGCCGGUGGUAUGCCUGGAGCUGGUGGUAUGCCUGGGAUGCCUAAUAUGCCUGGGAUGCCCAAGAUUUCACCUCAAAUGAUGCAACAAGCUCAACAAAGACUAAGGCAAAAUCCAGGUAUGAUGCAGAAUAUGCAAAACAUGUUUGGUGGUGCCGGUGGUGGUAUGCCCGAUAUGAAUGAAAUGAUGAAGAUGAUGCAAGAUCCAAACAUGCAGAAGAUGGCUCAGCAAUUUGGUAUGGGUAUGUAA